AUGAACUACUUUUCUUCUAUUGCCAAAGAAGAACAUGUACCUUAUAAUAUUGCUUUGAAGGAGUAUCUCGUGAUUCUAUUAGACGAGAAUCGGGAUGAUGAUGCAAUGCUGCUAGGAGCUCAGUUUUGUUCAGACUCCUUCUCUUCAAUUUCGCUGGAGGCAGUAAACAAUGGGGCUUCUUAUUCACUUUAUGCCAGGAUUGAAAAUAUUGAAUCUGCGGAAAUUCGAGGGAAUUUUGGGACCUCGCAAAGAAAACAAAUUACUCUUGUUGAUGGUGAUGGUGUUGCAUUAAAUUUCUUCUUAUGGAGCGAGCAGGUUCUCCUUGCCAAUCUUUUCAGAGUAGGAUGCAUGCUUGCCCUGGACAAACCUUACGUUGCCAGUUCUGCAGAGUGUGGUAUUCAAACAAACGAGGAAUUUUGCCUUGAAUAUGGAAGUGCAACACAAUUAUAUUUGGUGCCUUAUAUUCAGCAUGAAGAACAGCUGGAAGAACUUCUGAUGUCAAUUGGAAGAGCAAUUUUGAAAGAUCCAAAAAUAUUACUUCUUGAUGAAGCUACAAGUGCCCUUGAUGCCGAGUGUGCAUGUAUUGAUACUAACUUGUGCAUUUGUAUGUUCUUUUUAAACCUUGGUGAUUUCCUUGUGCAGAAACUAGGGGAAGGUGUGAAAGGGGUGUAUAUCUCGAUAGACGUGGAUUGUCUUGAUCCUGCAUUUGCUCCGGGAGUGUUUCAUAUUGAACCGGGAGGUCUUUCUUUCCGCGAUGUUCUUAACAUCCUACACAAUCUUCAAGGUGAUGUUGUUGCUGGAGACGUCGUUGAACUCAACCCACAACGCGAUACUGUUGAUGGAAUGACUGCUAUGGUAGCUGCUAAGUUGGUCAGAGAAAUGGCUGCAAAGAUUGCAAAAUGA